UGAUAAACUACUAAACAUUAAUUUAAAUUAUAAUAUUAUUAUUAUUAUUAUUAAUGAUUUAACUACUUAACUACCUUUGUUGUUGCGAAACAAAUGGAAAUAAUUUUUAGUGGUUCAAUUAUUUUUAUUAUUCAGACUAUAUCACUUUACUAGAAGUCUGUCGGCUGUUAAUUUAUUAAGCAAUUUAAAUAGGCUUCGCAUUAAUUAGUGUGUCUUGCGAUUAAACCUUUGAACUACCUACUGAACGUACGUUUCCGGUAAUCAUAACAUAAGUGAAUAAACAAUGGCCCAAGAAAAUAUAAUACAUGGAUCUCCAAUUCCUGAUUAUUUGUUGAACAGUAAAUUAAAUUUAAGUCAGCACUUUAUUCAAUUACUCAAUGAACUUGGAAAUAAAACUGCUAUGAUUGAUAUGCAUGAUGGGACUUCAUUUAAAUUCAGAAAUAUUUUACAUGCAAGUUUAAAUAUAGCAAAUAACUUAAAGUAUGAGUUUGGAGUACAAAAAGGUGAUAUUGUUGGAAUAUUUAGUGAAAACACAAUUUGGUAUCCAUCACUUGUACUGGCGGUAUGGCAUAUUGGUGGUAUUUGUGCAUUAUUCAAUCCUAUGUAUAAUACUAAGGAAUUAACACAUGUGUUAAAUAUAACUAAACCAAAAAUCAUGAUAACAUCAAAAAUGGGGUUGGACACUGUAAGAAAUACUACCAAACCACUGGAUUUUGUUAAAUAUGUGUGUCUUAUUGAUAUACUUUGCCAUACUAGAACAAUUGAAGAAAAUAAUAAUUUUAAACCAACUCCGUGCGACAAUAAUCAGACUUGUGUGAUAUUAUUUUCUAGUGGAACAACUGGUUUACCUAAAGGAGUAGAGUUGUCACAUAAAUCUAUAUUUCUCAUGGUUUCUGUCUUAAAUUCCGUUAAUAAAUUUGCGACUAUCGAUGAUACCAUGAUGGGUCUAGUGCCUAUGUUCCACGGAUAUGGAUUACUGAUAAUAUGUUUGUGUAUGUCAAUUGGCAGCAAGGUCAUAGUGCUUAAAUAUUUUGAUGAAGAAUUGUUUUUAAAAUCCAUUGAAGUUCAAAAAAUUUCAAUUUUAUUUGCUGUACCACCACUGAUGAUAUUUCUUGCCAAACAUCCCUUAGUAGACAAAUACAAUUUAUCAUGCUUGAAAGUUAUAUAUUCAGGUGCUGCUCCAUUAUCUUUAAACAUUGAAAAUGAAGUAACCAAUAGAAUAGGUAAAGGUAAACAACUAAAAGUAUUUCAAGGAUAUGGAAUGACUGAAUUAUCAGUAGUAACAACAGCAGCUGAUGAAAGUGAAGUUAAUCAUACAAGCGGUACUGUCGGAAAAGUGAUAUGUGGCAUGUCAGGAAAAGUGAUUGAUUUAAUCAAUGGAAAACCAUUGGGAGUAAAUAAAAGUGGUGAAUUAUGUUUUAAAGGGCCCAUGGUCAUGAAUGGUUAUUAUAAAAACUACAAAGAAACAACAUCAAUAAUUGAUGCUGAAGGUUGGCUCCAUACAGGGGAUAUUGGAUAUUAUGAUAAAAAUUAUAAUUUUUAUAUUGUUGAUAGAAUCAAAGAACUCAUUAAGUAUAAAGGGUAUCAGGUGGCACCUGCAGAAUUAGAAUCACUAUUAUUAACGCAUCCUGAAAUUAAAGACGUGGCAGUUACUGGACUUCCAAAUCUAGAAGCAGGAGAACUUCCAAUGGCGUUUGUAGUUAAAUAUCCAAAUUCGACUCUCAGUGAAAAAGAUGUUGUACAAUUUGUUCACAAAAAUGUUUCAGCACAAAAGCGUCUUAGAGGAGGUGUUCGAUUUGUCAAUGAUAUUCCAAAAAAUCCAAGUGGUAAAAUAUUACGUAGAGUACUUAAAGGCCUAAUUAAUCAAUCAAAAUUAUAAAAAUUAAUUCAAUUACAUUUAUUAUAGGACAUGUAGAGUGUACUAUGUUAAAGUAAAACAUUAAAAUUUAUACUUAAAUUAA